UCGCAGCGAUUUAGUCGCCGAUCCAAAGGCAAACACUGAGAAUGUCGGACGGAAAGCAUCUCGUAUGGCUCACAGUUGCGGCUGCUCUGUUGGCUGCCGUCAGUGCUGGGGAUUUGCUGCCUAGCCCGUUGAAGCGCUGCAGUGUGAAGGACGAGCCCUGUAUUUUGGAGCAGGUGAAAAUAUUCUUCCGGAACUUUAGGGAUGGCAUACCCGAUUGGAAUGUGCCCAGCAUUGAGCCCAUUCACCUGGGCACGCUGCGCAUCAAGAUCGGCAGCGGCAGCGACUCGAUGCAGUUCAAUAUGAUCAUGCGGAACACGACGCUGCACAACUUCGCCGAUAGAGCCAGCGUCAAGAGCCUGAAGGGCUUCACUGAGGACCUGACCAAGCCACUGAAUAUUGUGUGGCUCGCCAGUUCGCCCGGCAUUGAAGUGCACGCUAACUACGAAGUUGAUGGCAAGCUACUGAUCCUGCCCAUCGUUAGCAAGGGCACGAUGGUCAUCAGCCUGAGUCAACUGCAGUCCAGGACACGCGUCAAUGCUGUGCCCGAGAAGCGACCGGACGGACAUUCCUAUCUCAAGAUCACCGACUACAAGACGUCCGCCAAAGUGAGCUCCGGCUCGUUUAAUAUGUCGAAUCUGUUCAACGAUAACGUGGAGCUGCGCGACAGCACUCUGAAGGUCCUCAACGACGAGUGGAGCGCCCUAUCAAAGGACAUACAGCCAAAGAUAUUGGAAGCCGCCGAUCGUGCCUAUAGUGCUGCAUUGCAAAAGUUCUGGGACAAGCUGCCGUACGAUGAAUUCUUUGUCAAUUAAUACGGCCUUCUUAGCUUCUACAAAUUUAUAUAGCUGUACAUGUAUCGAAUAUUAUAGAUGGGAUUAACUGUGAUCUGCAUUUUGUUAACAUAUAAAUGAUCGAUUGUGUGUGAUCGAUAAGUAGUUGCCCUG